AUGCCUUCUCGCCUCUUCGCCUUGGCUACCGCCGUUUCUGGCGCUGCCGCCGCCUUCCAGGGCUUCAACUACGGCUCUACCUUCACAGACGGCAGACCCAAGGCACAGACCGACUUUGAGAAUGAGUUCAAGACGGCUGCCGGUCUUGAAGGCACCAACGGCGGCUUCACCUCUGCUCGUCUGUACACCAUGGUUCAGGCCGGCACCGGAAACGAUGUCAUCUCUGCUAUUCCUGCCGCCAUCAGCACCAAGACGAGCCUGCUUCUUGGUCUCUGGGCCUCUGCCGGCCAGGCUUCCUUCGACAACGAACUGGCAGCUUUGAAGAAGACCAUCGACCAGUACUGCAGCCAGCUCGACGGUCUUAUUGCCGGCAUCUCGGUCGGCUCUGAAGAUUUGUACCGCAUCUCACCCACCGGCCAGGCUGCCUCUCCUGACCCCGGUGCUUCGCCCACGCAGCUGGUCAACUACAUCAAGGAAGUCCGCACCACCAUCAAGGGCUCAUGCCUGGAAACGGCCCCCAUUGGCCACGUCGAUACCUGGACUGCCUAUGUCAACGAGACCAACAAGCCCGUCAUUGACGCCAUUGACUGGGUCGGCAUGGACGCCUACCCUUACUAUGAAAACACCAAGCCCAAUGGCAUUGAGAACGCCGCCAAGCUCUUCCAGGCCGCCAUCGACAACACUCAGAGCGCCUCCGGUGGCAAGCCCAUCUGGAUCACGGAGACGGGCUGGCCUGUCAGCGGUCCCAAGGAAGCCUCUGCAGUGCCCGGUGUCGAGGAAGCUCAGACUUUCUGGCGUGAAGUCGGCUGCCCCAGGUUUGGCAACGUCAACGUCUGGUGGUUCACGCUGCAAGACGGUGCUCCUACCAUCCCCAGCCCUGCCUUUGGUGUCAUUGGCUCCACGCUCACUACCAAGCCUUUGUACGACCUGUCUUGCGACAAGAAGCAGCCCACUAGCAGCAAGGCCGCCCAGAGCUCCCAGACUUCUGCUCAGUCCCAGGCGCCAACUGCCACUGGACCUGCCGGAACUUCUGUCCAGGGAAGCACUGUUCAGCAGACUACAGUCCCAGCCGCCGGUACCACCCAGCAGGGUGGUCAGUCCAACACGGUGGUUCCUCCUCCGGCAAGCACCCUGACCACCGGCAACGGUGGCAAUGGUGGCAAUGGCAGCAACGGAGGUAAUGGCGGUAACGGCAGUAAUGGCAGUAACGGAGGCAAUGGAAGCAACGGAGGCAAUGGCAGCAAUGGCAGCAACGGUAGCAACGGAGGCAAUGGCAGUAACGGAGGCAACGGCAGCAACGGAGGCAAUGGCAGCAACGGAGGCAAUGGAAACAAUGGCAGCAACGGUAGCAACGGCAGCAAUGGCGGUAAUGGCAUCAACGGCGGUGGUGCUGUCAACGGCAGCACUACCUACAUUGUUCCUGGCCAGGGCACCGCUACCGGUACCGGUGGUCUGCCUGGUGUCACGGUUCCUCCCAACGCUGGCAGCAAGCUGAGUGCCUUUGCGGGUGUUGCCGUCGGUGCUGUCAUGGCUGUCGCUGCUUUGUAA